UCACGCUGCCAUUGGCUCGUCGGCUGUGAAGGUUUGUCGAUGUCAGCUUCCUGGUUAGACAGAAGAGGGGAGCAAGCGAACGAGAUUUAAUACGGAGUCUUCAUUAAGAUGGAUAGAAGUGGAACAUCCCCUCCAUCAGCGAUAAACGAAUAUCUUUUGCGAAGCAGCGUGUCCUCUUCCGGAGCACGGUCUGUGGAUGUGAUUGUCUACUUGAUAAAUGAUGCUGCAGUUCCACUUACAGUAGAUGGCCUUUCAUCCUCAACAUCGCACGAGCUACACAGGAAAGUUCUCGAAGUCCUCCAUCUCCCUGAUGUUGCUCAGGAAGUGUUUGCCCUGUGGCUCAUUUCUCCAUUUUUAGAAGUACAACUCAAGCCAAAGCAUCAUCCCUACAAAGUGUGCAGACAGUGGCAUGAUCUCCUGGCACGUUUCACAAACUGUACACUGGAGGAUAUUCACCACGAUGAACCUAUACUCCAGUUUCGCAGAAACAUUUUGUUUCCCAAAAGUAAAGAACUUCAGAUUUCUGAUGAGGGCGUAUUACGUCUACUGUAUGAAGAGGCAAAAUACAAUGUUCUGGAGGGAAGGUACCCAUGUGAUAUAGAGGACUGUGAACUCUUGGGUGGCCUGUCUUGCUGUUUGGAGAUGGGACCAUACAGCCAAGAAAAACAUACUCCCUCUGCACUAAGGCCAAAGCUGGAGUCUUUUCUUCCUCCAUAUAUAUGCAAAAAGAAGAUCGGAAUACUGAAUGCAUUCAGGAAUAGAGGGAAUCGCCAAGCCAGUUUUGAAGAGACUUUGGUGAACACAUACAAAGCAGCUACAGAAAAUGUUACAUCUGAAGACGGAGAUGUCGUGAACUGCAGAGAGUAUUUGAAGAAGUGCCAUGAGCUUCCUUACUAUGGAUGUGCCUUUUUCCAAGGAGAAGUGGACAAGCCCUCUCAAGGCUUCCUCAACAGGAGUGGCCGUAAAACUGUGUCAGUGGCUAUCAAUAUGGAAGGCGUGUCUGUUAUAGACCGCAAGGAAAAGCAUGUUCUUCUAAGUUUAAAGUUUUCAGAACUAUCCUGGGAUCACACAUAUCCAGAAGAAGAACACAUUCUGUGGCUUGAGUUUGAUGGAGACAAUGAAGGAACACCAGUAAAUAAGUUGCUGAAAAUAUAUUCUAAGCAGGCUGAGCUGAUGAGUGGCUUGAUUGAGUAUUGCAUAGAGCUCAGUCAAGGUGUUGACUUGCCAUCUCCAGAAACUAUUCCAGGGAAUUCGCACAUUUCGGAGAAACGCACCAAGCUACGCAGACAGGAAAGUGUGUUGUGCAAUCGCAUUAAAGAUCUAACUACAAUAGAUUAUGUUGAUGACGGUACUGAAAUUAAACGUGUGAAGCCGAAGAGAGCAGCGUCCUUUUUCAAUCGACAGUCUACUCACAGUUAUGCCUCUGUGCAGCCUGCGGAGACCCAGGGACAAAGCUGACCUUUGCUGCAGUAGAUUGCAAAGCCAAAGACCAAAUGGACUUCUAAAGCACUGAGAAAAAUAAAAAAAACUUUAAUAUCCAC